GCCGGUCCCGCGGGCGGGGGCGGAGGCGGCUCCGCGGCUUCUCCCGCCGCCGCCGCCAAGGGGAGUUUCCAGGAAGUGGCCAUAUUGGAUCCAUUCAGCCGCAGCCGCCCGGGCGGAGCGCGUCCCGCAGCCGGCUUGUCCCCGUCGCCCCCGGGUGCUCGUCCCGGCUCGCCCGCCCGGCGCGGAGCUCGCCAUGGCGGCCACUGACCUGGAACGCUUCUCGAACGCAGAGCCGGAGCCCCGGAGCCUCUCCCUGGGCGGCCAUGUGGGCUUUGACAGCCUCCCCGACCAGCUGGUCAGCAAGUCAGUCACUCAGGGCUUCAGCUUCAACAUCCUGUGUGUGGGGGAGACUGGCAUUGGCAAGUCCACACUGAUGAACACGCUCUUCAACACGACCUUCGAGACAGAGGAAGCCAGUCACCAUGAGGAGUGUGUGCGCCUGCGGCCCCAGACCUAUGACCUCCAGGAGAGCAACGUGCAGCUCAAGCUGACCAUUGUGGACGCUGUGGGCUUCGGGGAUCAGAUCAAUAAGGAUGAGAGUUACAGGCCCAUCGUCGACUACAUUGACGCACAGUUUGAAAACUACCUGCAGGAAGAGCUGAAGAUCCGCCGCUCGCUCUUCGACUACCACGACACAAGGAUCCAUGUCUGCCUCUACUUCAUCACACCCACGGGGCACUCCCUCAAGUCCCUGGACCUCGUGACCAUGAAAAAACUGGACAGCAAGGUGAACAUUAUUCCCAUCAUUGCCAAAGCUGACACCAUCUCCAAGAGUGAGCUCCACAAGUUCAAGAUCAAGAUCAUGGGCGAGCUGGUCAGCAAUGGGGUCCAGAUCUACCAGUUUCCCACUGACGAUGAGGCUGUUGCAGAGAUUAACGCGGUCAUGAAUGCACACCUACCCUUUGCCGUGGUGGGCAGCACCGAGGAAGUGAAGGUGGGAAACAAGCUGGUGCGAGCGCGGCAGUACCCUUGGGGAGUGGUACAGGUGGAGAACGAGAAUCACUGCGACUUCGUGAAGCUGCGGGAAAUGCUGAUCCGUGUGAACAUGGAGGACCUCCGUGAGCAGACGCACAGUCGGCACUAUGAGCUCUACCGGCGCUGCAAACUGGAGGAGAUGGGCUUCCAGGACAGCGAUGGUGACAGCCAGCCCUUCAGUCUCCAGGAGACAUAUGAGGCCAAGAGGAAGGAGUUCCUGAGCGAGCUGCAGAGGAAGGAGGAGGAGAUGAGGCAGAUGUUCGUCAACAAAGUGAAGGAGACAGAGCUGGAGUUGAAGGAGAAGGAGCGAGAGCUCCACGAGAAGUUCGAGCACCUCAAGCGGGUCCACCAGGAGGAGAAGCGCAAGGUGGAAGAGAAGCGCCGGGAGCUGGAGGAGGAGACCAACGCCUUCAACCGCAGGAAGGCCGCGGUGGAGGCCCUGCAGUCUCAGGCCCUGCACGCCACCUCGCAGCAGCCUCUGAGGAAGGACAAGGACAAGAAGAACAGAUCAGAUAUAGGAGUACAGCAGUCGGGCAUGAGCCUCUCCAACUCUAAGGUGAUGAUGACCAAGGCCAGUGUGGAGCCCUUGAACUGCAGCAGCUGGUGGCCCGCCAUACAGUGCUGCAGCUGCCUGGUCAGGGACGCGACGUGGAGGGAAGGAUUCCUCUGAGGCAGCAGCUCCUUCACAUGGGGCCAGCCCAGGACCACCAGGCCGUGGAACUGGAGACCGUGGUUUUUAACGUUAGAACAGAAAACCCCCUACUUUUCAUUUAUCAAUGACCAAAAGUGCAAACAAUUUAAAAAUUUCCAUCAGGGAACAUCAAAUGUUGUCCAGCCCUUUUCAUUUCCAUUCAUGCCCCCACAAGGGGCUUGAGUCAUGGCCUCACAAGGGGCUUAAAGCUUAAUACCCACUCUGUGGCCAAGCUCAGUUUCAACCCUGGAGAGAAAAAGACAGUUUGUUUUGUAACAUGGUCAUUAUGAGCCUAAAGUGCCCAGAUGACAAUGUUUCAAUUCUGAAAAAUAGAAGCCUACGAUUCAAGAUUAAGGUAGCAGAAGAGUUACUUGUAUCUGCUGGACAUGAAAAGAAACUCUGCAACUUGGCAACAGUGACUAGUUUUCAUGAUACAGCCCUCAGUGAUUUAAUCUUCAUGCUUCAUAACAGACCAAAACCCCAUGACAUUUCCACAUUGCAUAAUUUUGCCUUACUAACAGAAUCAUACCCUUAAGGAUAACCAUCAUUCUCUAACUAAAACAAAUACAAACUAAUAUGACAUUUUUUAAGUGCCAGAUCAAUAUAUGGUCUAAAGCCUCAAUAAGGAUUGUGUGUAGGUGAAGAAAGACAGCUAAGUGAAUGUGUGUAAAGUGUAGCAAAAGCAGACAGAUUUUUAUGUACAGUAUUCAUAGAAUGGAAAGUUACAUAUUUUUGCAGUGUGUAUUUAAAAGAGAAACUCACCAUAAUAGUGCCGUCUAAAAAUCUUUGUAAAGUUAAUUUAAUGUCCUUUAGAAGUGGGAGUCUGGUGGAACUGUGUUGGAUUUAAGAUAAAAUUUCACUCUUCCGUAUGUCGUGAGCCUGUGGGUCACCUCACUGUGAUGCAUGUGCAAGGAUGUGUGCUUUGCCAUCCUAUGUUGUGAACAGCUGUUCCAAAGGCACAAAUGAGUCCAGGGUAGGCUCUGGAAAGUCCUCAUACUUACUAUGACCAAGAAAUCCAGCGGUGUCCCAAUAUAGUGGUCCCAGUGCAGUUUGUCCAAAAUAGCCAGCUCCAUCCUCAGCAGCUCAUUCGGGGAAUAGCCAGAGCCAUAGUGCUUUAUGAAGUCUUAUAUGCGUGGAAUUAACUGUAAAAAGAAAAUAAAGAGGCCAAAGCCCUACUCCA